GGGAGGGUGUGAGACAAGUCAGCUACCGGGAACUGAGUGAAACCAAACCAGCCUGGGCUUCAGGAGCACUGGUGCCCACUGCUUGCUGGCUUCUCUUUCUUGAGCUCAGAGGACCCAGGAGUCUGGAUCACCAGCCCCUUCAUCGCCCUGGACCUGGAAACCCAGCAUGCCCCCCAUGGAACCCUGUCGGUCCCUGGCCCUCCUCUCUGGCUCCCUGGGCCUUCUAUCUGUCCUGGUUGCUCUGAGCACGGAUUUCUGGUUCGUGGCCAUGGGGACCACAUCAUCUCACUCGGGCCUUUGGCCAAAAGAGCAUCAGGACCCAGUAGCAGGCUACAUCCACGUGACUCAGGCCUUCAGCAUUCUGGCUUCCCUGGGGGGUUUGGUGUCCGUGAGCUUCCUGGUCCUGUCCUGCAUCCCCUCACUGUCUGUCCCGGGCCGUGGGCCCCUGGUCUCGUCUGUCACAGCCUUUGCUGCAGCCCUCUUCGUGAUGGUGGCCAUGAUGGUCUAUACCAUUGAGCGGUGGAACCAGGCUCUAAAUCCCCAGAUCCAGACGUUCUUCUCCUGGUCCUUCUACCUGGGCUGGGUUUCAGCCCUCUUCUGGGUCUGUGCAGGUGCCCUGAGCCUGGGUGCUCACUGCAGCGCCCCCCUUCCUGGCUACGAAGCCGUGUGAGCUGAGGGCGAGAAUAGCAGGACGGGUUUGGAGCACUGUUCUCUGAAGGCAUCGCCAGGAACCAUGGGAUUACACGAUGCCCCCUCCAGCCCUCACCCCCAGCCCUCCCGCAGCCCCCUGCAUUUGUUUCUUCAUCUAUUCAACAAAAAUUGGCCGAGAUCUGGUUA